AUGGAUCCUUCGAGUCUCCUAUCCAAAGCUCAGAAUCCAGUGGUUGUAGAUUCCGAAAUAGAAGGCACAACCAAAAUCACCUAUAUAGAACCAAUUAGAUUACAAAAGCGGAGAGUAGUACUCGGAGUGCUCCUCUCUGUCAUCACAAGCUUCUUGUUCACACUAGCUUGCAGUUGGUCAAAGAAACUUGUGAGAAAGUUCUUCUUCAAGGAAUCGCAAAUGGAGAUGGCAACACACAUGUGGAUCAUUAACAAUGACAAUUCAAAUAACAUAUCCAAGUUAAUGAAUAAGCAAAACGAAAUCUAUUUCAUCAAUCGAAAACUAAACUACAUCUAUAAUACUUCUAUGAAUGCAUUCAAAGCACUCGAGUAUGAUCUGAAAACCAAAAGAGAAUUGCUAUAAGCCCCUGGCAUACAAUAGCCUAUUCUAUUCCAAGAGAAGUACGGCAAAUGCUUGAUUGACAUCCCAAAGCCUAAUUUGUUUGUGUAUUUGCUCAAAGAAUUAACAGCCCCAUUCUACAUCUUACAAUACUUGUCCUGUUUUCUCUGGGUUCUAGAAGACUUGGCAAUAUUGUCGAUAAUAAUGAUAUCUGUUUCAUUAAUAUUCACAACAAUCAACUUUUUGCUUCUUCAGAAUUCAGCCAAAAAAUUGAGAAACAUGGCUAAGAGUUUAGCUUAGGUCUAAGUCUACAGAGGAUUGUAACCCUGCAAUUAACAAGCAAUUCAAUUUAGAAAGAUUGAUAGCAAAGAUUUAGUGCCAGGAGAUGUGAUUGCAAUUGAGAACAAAAUGACUUUGCCUUGUGAUUGCGUUCUAGUUUCUGGAGAUCUACUGAUGAAUGAAGCCUCGUUGACAGGGGAAUCAAUUCCUAUUCCCAAAAUUCCAGUCGAAGAUUUGGAUCAGCCAGUUUCAUUCAUGACUGAUAAAAGACAUUGUUUAUACGAAGGCACAAAGGUUCUACUUGCAAGACCCAAAUAUCAACACGUGGUAGCCAUUGUUGGUAGAACAGGAUUUAGCUCUUUUAAGGGGUAGAUUUUUAGGAGUGUGUUAUAUCCAAAAGUUUAACCAUUCGCUUUUUACAGUUAAGGAAUCAAAUAUCUAAUUUGCUUGGCUAUAUGUGUUUUGAUUGUUUAUUUUGCAUUGCUACAUAGAAUGAUUACCGUUGGAUUCAGUUUCAUGAUCAUAUUCUUAAGAUUUUGGGAUGCUUUGACUUGGAUUGUACCUCCAGCCUUGCCUAUUUUUGUUUCAAUGUGUCAAACGUAUUCAUUGAUUAGGUUAAGACAAAAAGGUAUUUUCGGAAUUGACCCAACAAAAUCACUUGUAUCCGGUAAAAUCAAUACUGUUUGCUUUGAUAAGACAGGAACUUUGACUACCAUAGGGAUUGACAUGUUUGGAUAUCAAUUAAGAAAUUAAUAGAAAUUUGCAAAGUUCAUCCUGAAAAAUCAAGUGAAAUCAAAAAAUAGUUUAGAAUUUAAAUUAUUUGCUACUUGUAAUGGAACCUAUGAGAUUGAAGGCGAUUUGAUGGGUGAUAGUCUCGAUGUAGAGUUAUUUAAGUUUACAGACUUUAAAAUUGAUAAGAAUCCACCUCAAAAUGCGAAAUCCAGAGUUGUAAAUAGAGAGGGUAUUGUUUUGGAUGUGCUAAAACUUUAUGAAUUUGAAUCUGCAUUACAGAGAAUGAGUGUAAUAGUAAAAGACACAGAUGAUUAUUAUGUUUUUGUUAAAGGUUCUCCUGAAAAGAUGGCUGAAUUAUCUAUGCAAAAUACUAUUCCGACAGACUUUAAGAAGAACCUUAAUGUAUUAACAAUGAAAGGUCUUAGAAUCUUAGGAUUUGGAUACAAAUAAAUAACCUAGGAGGAAUGUGAAAGAUUGAUGAAUGCAAGUAGAUAAGAAUGCGAAUCAGAUAUUCAGUUUUUAGGAUUGUUGGCCAUGGAAAACAAAUUAAAACAUGAUACUCCCUAGGUUAUUAAUUUAUUAAAUAAUGCAUGUGUUGAUCUCAAGAUCAUUUCAGGCGAUAAUCCUUUAACCACUGUACAAUGUGCUCGAGAAUGUGGAAUAAUCCCUCUUGGUAAGCCAGUCUUAUUGUUAGAUUAUAAUGAAAAAGAACAAUAAUUGUCCUUAGAUGAAAUAGGUGUUUUUGAAGAUAACUUGAAUAACAAUCAAUCAAAAUUAAACAGUGAAAUUGACAUACUCUUCGAUGAAGUUGAAGAUGUAAAUGAAUCAUCUUUAGAUCAUCAAUAGAUAAUGAAUAAAUUAGUUCAACAUUUAUUAACUGCUUAGAAUAUCAAAAGAUCUAUUAUCUCAGAAAAUGAUAAUCUUAGUGCUGGUCAUUGUUUUGCAAUGAGUGGCAAGGCAUUUGAUUAUUUUUGGGAUUAAUUACCUCAUGAAGAAAUCAAAAAACACAAAAGGUAAUCCUUUGCUGGAUUUGAACAGCCAAUUGAUAAUGUAGAAUAAAUAAAAAUACAAGGAUUAACUGAUGAAGAACUUCAUAAUAAAUUAUUUGCUUCUAUAUGUUUAAAGGCAAAAGUCUUUGCGAGAAUGAGACCUGAACAAAAAUCAAUGGUCAUCGAAAAGCUUCAGUAGUUAAAUAAAAUGGUACUAAUGAUUGGAGAUGGAGCUAAUGAUUGUGCAGCCAUCAAAUAAGCAAAUGUUGGAGUUUCAUUUGCUUAAAGUGAUGCUGCCUUUUCAGCUCCUUAUUCAAGUGCAGAUGACAGCAUUGAUUGUGUGAGAUAGGUUCUCUUAGAUGGAAGAUGUGCACUCUAGAAUGCUCUAGAAGUAUUCUAAUAUUAUGUUGGAGCCAGUGUCAUAAAAUACAUAGCAGCCAUGAUAAAUAUGUCUUUUGGAUAAAACUUUGCAGAUUUGCAAUAUAUUGCCAUCAAUUACAUUGGAUCUUUGCCUUAUCUAAAAUCAAUAUCCCUAUCCAAACCUUCAAUCCUUUUGACUAAGGAUCUUCCAAAUGAAAGCAUGAUGGCUAUUUCGAAUGCAGCCGUCUUAAGUUUCUAAAUCAUAGUGGCUUCAUUCGGUCUGAUCAUUAACUUUCUGUAUUGGAAUAGUUUUGAAUGGGACAAUGAACCAAGUGUAGUCAAUGGUAAAUUCUCUAAGGAAGGAACAAUACAAACUACUCUUUUCAAAAGUAUUUAAAUCUACUUUAUCAUGGCAGUUAUUGCUAUUUACACCUCAAGACCAUUCAAAUAAAAACUCGUUACUCACAAAAUUAUGUUAAUCUUCAUCUGCAUAAGUUUAAGCUUUACUUUAUGGAUCUUCUUCACUUAUUAAGAAUGGCAAUACACGGUAUUUAAACUCUAUAACACAAAUACAUAACAUGGGAGAUCCUAUAAUUUUAUACAAUUUCUCUUAACUAUUAUCGUAGGAUUGGUCAUGCUCAUAGGUGAUGAAUAUUUCAUAAAGAGAGUGUUCCCUAACAAUUAGAAUUAAAUAAAAAAGUCUAGAGUUAGACCAAGUAUGUAAAGUUAUGUUUCUUGA